AUGCCGCCCCCUCUCGCCCCACCCCCCACCCCAGCUACUCUGGAGAAACCCAUAUUGUCUCUACAUCCACCUUGGACCACGAUCUUCAAAGGGGAGCGGGUAACUUUGAAGUGUGAUGGAUACCACCCACUGCUCCUGGAGCUCUGGCCCAUCAGCACUCUCUGGUAUUUGGGCCACCUACUUCUGCCCUCUCACAAGAAGAGCAUUGAGGUGCAGACACCAGGGGUGUAUCGAUGCCAGACACGGGGAGCACCCGUCAGUGACCCCAUCCACCUCUCUGUAUCCAAUGAUUGGCUGAUUCUGCAAGUGCCCUAUGCUCCAGUGUUCGAGGGCGAGCCGCUGGUCCUGCGCUGCCGCGGCUGGUACGACAAGGUGGUCUACAAGCUUCACUACUACCACGACGGCCAGGCCGUGCGCUACUUCCACUCCAGCGCCAACUACACUGUGUUACAGGCGCGUGCCAGCGACAGUGGACGCUACCAGUGCUCGGGCACCAUGCGCAUCCCGGUGGAGAGCGCGCCCUUGUUCUCCGCUAAGGUGGCUGUGACAGUGCAAGAGCUGUUCCGGGCGCCGGUGCUGAGGGUGAUGGGUCCGCGGGAGGCCCGCGGCGCGGCGCUGGGCGGGGUGGUGCUGCGCUGCGACACGCGCCUGCACCCGCAGAAGCGCGACACGCCGCUACAGUUCGCGUUUUACAAGUACAGCCGCGCGGUGCGCCGCUUCGACUGGGGCGCCGAGUACACAGUUCCGGAGCCCGAGGUCGAGGAACUCGAAUCGUACUGGUGCGAGGCGGCUACCGCCACCCGCAGUGUCCGGAAACGCAGUCCGUGGGUGCAGCUCCCGGGGCCGGGUUCUCCCCUGGACCCGGCCUCCACCACCGCCCCAGCUCCAUGGGCCGCAGCCUUGGCUCCUGGUAACAGGCCGCUUUCCUUCAGAAAGCCCCCGGUGUCCAGAUCGGUUCCGUCGGUCACCUCCGUCCCGAACACCACCUCCACGGGGCUGCAGUUCCCGGCAAGCGGCGCCCCGACUGCGGGGCCACCCGCCUGCGCUCCGCCAACGCCCUUGGAACAAUCGGCUGGAGCCCUGAAACCCGACGUGGACCUUCUGCUCCGAGAAAUGCAGCUGCUCAAAGGCCUUCUGAGCCGGGUGGUCCUGGAAUUAAAGGAGCCACAGGCCCUCCCGGAGCUCAGGGGAACGCCCGAGACCCCUACCUCUCACUUUGCUGUGAGCCCGGGAACCCCUGAGACCACUCCUGUGGAGAGCUGAGGGGGCGGCUACCUUCCCCUCUGCAGGCUCAUUCCUCCCUGGUCUCCUGCUUCCCCUCAAGCGAAUUUCUUUCAAAGCCAUCUGUUUGCAUCCUUGUGUUUUGCUGUGGUUUUUAAAGGAGCGCCCACGAAGUGUGGUGGCUGACGAUUUCAACCUCACACAGCAGUUUGUAACCGCAAGCAUUCUCUUUGAAUUCUCCCAGAAUUCAGCAAGAAGUAGAAACCUGUUAUUUACUACACUGUGAUUUAACUUUGGAUGUGAAUUUAGUCACCCUUACCCCUUCAGAUAAGCCUAGCCAGUACAUAUUUCAGCACAGGCAGUUUUUUUGGUAUUUAAGUACAUUGAGGUAACUGAGGACUUGAGAAUAUUUUAGGGUCAAGGUGUAAUUAUUCAUAGUGAAUUUACUCUGUUGAUAUUAAAAAGACGUUCAGUCCUAUUACUGAUGAGUUUACAUCUUCAAAUAAAUCCUGGGUUCUAUUUA